AUGGGUAGCCGAGACUUCACCAAGAACACCAAGAACAUCUUGUUCGACUCAUAUGCGAAGUUCAUAAAGGAUCUACGUGCGGAAUUGAUAGGUGCAAAUCCUGUUGGGAAGGUGAAGCAGCGGUCCAUCCUCACCAAGCAGACAGGAAAGGACAAGCCACCUCCAAAGUGGAUCGAGGUUGAGCUGGUUGGCAAGGGCGGCGCCAAGCCAAAGGUCGCUAUCCGUAGAGACAAUGUCUACGUAUUCGCCUUCAGCAACGCUGAUGGCAACUGGUAUAAGCUCACAGAGGCCAAGACGGAUGUCCUCCCGGACGCCCUGCCACUAGGCUUCGAGGGAAAUUACAACAAACUUGUCGGCGGUGCCGCCAACCUGGCAAACCUGAAGUUUGGCAAGUUCAGCACCUCGAGCGCUGCAGUGAUCCUCUGGAACCAUGGUAAGAAGAAGCCCUAUGACGACGCCGAACUUAAGAGGGCAUUGGCGACCAUCUGCGUGGUCUUGUCCGAGGCCGCAAGGAUGGCUCCGAUGUACAACGCUGUCAACGACGGAUGGGAGACACCUGCUGGAGGCACUAUCACGGCAGGGGACAUCAAAUACUACAUUACUGGCUGGAGCGACUGUUAG